AAACGCUCCUCAAGAUCCCUUCUCCGCUACUCGGAUUUGGUUUCGAGAUGAAACAGAGCCCUCGGCGAAUCCAACGCGACGAAGAAUUGGGCGAGGAGAUCUGAAGAAGGCUGGCGGACUUAACGUGUUCUGGUUGUUGCCCAAUUCUUUCGCCUUUUUGUUUGAUUUUUUGAGGGAAAUUUCUCUUGGAAUCUCGGGGAUUAGGGUUUCUUUCAGGAAUUCUGGAGUAUUUUUGGUUCUGGCUGGUGGAGGGAGUGGGGUUAUCUGUGGUUUUUAGAUCGUAGGAUGAUCAUCAAACGCAGUUUGAGGGGGCAAAUGCCGAGCUUGAAGCGAUGUAAAGCCGAGGAGCCGACAUUUUGCGACGAUGAGGGCGAUGACGGGGCAACGGACGGACGACCGAAGCGGCGGAGGGAUGGGGCUGGCUCGUUCCCGCUCGAGAUGCUGGGGGAUGUCUCCGGCGCUGGAAUUCCCUACCUUUCUGAAGGCUCGCGGAUAGGGAUUGUACGCGGGGAUCUCGGCGCGGCCAACCUGGGCUCCUCAGGGUCCAUCGAAUUGUCCGUAUCCACUACUAGCGCUGUGGAGGCUGACGAAUUGGGAACGGAUGGAUCGGUGGAGCCUGCGGCUACUUCGGCACCGGUCGUGCGGACGUCUAGGGGCCGCUGGCAGGUGCUCCCUUCUCGUUUUAGGGAUUCGGUUCUCACUGAUCCCUGGAAAAAAGAAAAAGACAAAUCAAAGAUGACAGAUAUUGAUUCAUCUGUUAACGUUGAAUCCAGUAAAGAUGAUAGAUUUAGCUACAGAGGCUCCCCAUUCAACUCCGGAUUGAGGAAUUCAUGCACAAUGUUAGGGGAAAUGGAGUAUCGAGCUUGCAGAAACAUCAAUGCGAACAAAUGUUCCACUUCACGAAGUACUCUUACAUCCAUCGAGGACAGCCUGGUGGACCUGGAAAAGAAGUUCCUGCGGCCCAUGCUUAAUGCACAGGAUCAGUCACAUCGUUAUUCUAAUUUGGUAAUCAUGGAGUCAAAGCUAGCAACGGAAAGUUUAGACAGAAAGGAGGAUUGUUACUGCCCAGAGGAUUUUGUUCUGGGUGAUAUAGUUUGGGCAAAAUGUGGAAAGAAAAACCCUGUGUGGCCAGCAAUGGUGAUUGAUCCUUUGCGGCAAGCUCCUGAAAAUGUUCUAAAUUCUUGUGUCCCUGGAGCUCUUUGUGUAUUGUUUUUUGGGCAGUGCAGAAAUGGAAGGGCAUAUUCAUGGGUGAAGAAAGGGAUGAUUUUCCCUUUCUUAGAAUACCUAGAAAGAUUCCAAGUGAAUACUCAAUUAUCUAAGUACAAGUCUAGCAGUUUCCGAAUGGCUAUUGAGGAGGCUUUCCUAGCUCAGCAUGGCUUUUCUCCUGUGAGUGCUAGUGGUCACUUUGCUUCAGAUGAAUCUGUUCCUGGCGCAUUCCAGGAGGUUACUGAUUUAAAUCGUGAACAAGAAUGCCAAUCUAAAUUCCAGGCUGUAGACAGAUCAGGGAUGCUUUGUGAAAGCUGUGGAAUGAAUCUUCCAUAUAGAAGUGCAAAGAAUAUGAAAAGGAAUUCACAGCAGUUACUAUGUAAACAUUGUGCUAAGCUCCUAAGUUCAAAGCAGUAUUGUGGCAUUUGCAAGAAGAUUUGGCAUCACACGGAUGGGGGGAAUUGGGUCUGCUGUGAUGGGUGUCAAGUAUGGGUACAUGUAGAAUGCGACAAGACGUGUGGUAACCUAAAGGAUCUGGAGAAGAAUGAUUAUUUCUGCCCUGAUUGCAAGGCUACACAGAAAUCUGAAGUGUCAGAUUCUGAUAGAAAAUCUGUAACAAUAAUAACAAAUGGUGAUACUUUUCGGGAGGAACUGCUUGACAAGAUCACUGUCGUCUGCUGCAAUGUGGAAGGAAUAUAUUUGCCCAAAGAACACAUGGUUUUAUGUCAAUGUAGCUCCUGUAAGUCAAAGAAACAAAAUCUGAAUGAGUGGGAACGACAUACAGGUUCAAGAAAAAAGUAUUGGAAGGCUAGUGUCAAGGUCAAGAGUACAGGGCAACCACUGGGAAAAUGGCUAGAAGGGUGCAGUCCAUCUUUGGAUAACCAAGCUAAGCAACCAUCGCUUGGUGAUAGAAAAGAGAGGCUCCUUACUUUGCUUCAAGAACCAUAUGAUCCAAUACUCGCCAAGUGGACAACAGAAAGGUGUGCAAUUUGUAGAUGGAUAGAAGAUUGGGAUUACAACAAAAUCAUUAUAUGCAACAGAUGUCAAAUAGCUGUUCAUCAGGAAUGCUAUGGAGUAGUAAAUGUACAAAAUUUCACCACCUGGGUUUGCAGAGCUUGUGAAACACCCCUUCAUAAAAGGGAAUGUUGCCUUUGCCCCAUCAAAGGUGGUGCACUGAAGCCAACAAAUAUUGAUUGGUUAUGGGUUCAUGUUACAUGUGCGUGGUUUCAGCCAAAAGUAUCCUUUGCCAGUGGUGAAAUGAUGGAGCCUGCUAUUGGCAUAUUAGAUAUACCAACUCUACUGUUUGGGAAGGUUUGUGUGAUAUGCAAGCAGAAACAUGGGGCUUGCACACAGUGCUACACAUGUGCCACUUAUUAUCAUGCUAUGUGUGCAUCACGAACAGGGUAUAGGAUGGAGUUGCAUUGUUUGGAAAAGAAUGGGAAACAAACAGUAAAGUUGGUCUCCUAUUGUGCACAUCACAGGUCUCCGAAUCCAGAUAAUGUGCUAAUUCUGCAGACUCCGACAGGGAUUAUCUCCACUAACAAUUUGUUGAAGAACAUGAAAAGGCAAAGUGGUUCUAGGUUAAUUAGGAUGGAAAUGCCACAAGAAAUCAUAACUUCCACAUCUCUGCCUUCUGAAAGGUCAUCUACUGCCAGAUGCUCGAUUUACAAGAGAACAGAAAUUAAGAAUAUACGAGACAGUGGAAUUCCACAUAAAGUUAUGGGACCUUGUUAUCAUUCUUGGGACUCUAUUGAAAGUUUAAAUGCAGCUAUGGAUGAUAGAACUCAGAAAUCAUUUUCUUCAUUUAAAGAGCGCCUCCGCUAUUUGCAGUCAACUGAACAGGCUAGGGUAUGCUUUGGUAAAUCCAGAAUUCAUGGAUGGGGCCUCUUUGCUCGGAGGAGCCUUCAAGAGGGAGAAAUGGUCACUGAGUACCGUGGAGAGCAGGUCCGACGUAGUGUUGCAGAUCUGCGAGAAGCGCGGUAUAAAGUGGAGAAAAAGGACUGCUAUCUAUUCAAAAUAAGUGAAGAUGUUGUAGUUGAUGCCACGGAUAAAGGAAAUAUUGCUCGCCUAAUAAACCACUCCUGCAUGCCAAGUUGCUAUGCUCGGAUCAUGAAUGUUGGUGAGGAUCAGAGUCGUGUUGUUCUUAUAGCUAAGAGGAAUGUUUCUGCUGGAGAGGAGCUAACGUAUGAUUAUUUGUUUGAUCCUGAUGAAGCUGAGGAAUGUAAAGUACCCUGCCUCUGCAACGAGCCAAACUGUAGGGGAUUUAUGAACUAGCUAAUCUCAUUCAUCAUUAACUGAGGCUGCAUGGAACUGCAAUGAGCAAUAUUGGAAUACUGGAAUACACAAACUGAAGCAUUAGAGGUCUAACUACAUUGCUCUAACAUUGAAGCCCUCUAGUGGAGUGUCUUGAGGCAUCAAAAUGGUGGUUCUGAAACACUUCGAUUUGUUAACAGUAGUCAUGCAAUCUAAAAUUACUUACAGGAGAAUGGAGAGGAGCUCAAAAGCAUCUACAAAUGAGUUGUCUCUAGUGCAAGAUCCCAUUUUUUUUAUAUAUAUAAAAGAAGAUUCUCAUUUUUUUAUUUUUCCACAAAGGGAAAUAGUUUUUUUCCCUGUUUCUUAAAAUCUUGAUGAGUUCGAAUGGGAUUUAUUUUAAUAUACACAAAAAUGCAGCUAAAUUUGUUGUUUUUGUAAAUGCAUAUCAAUUGUGUUAAGCUUGUUUUCUGAUA